AUAUAGUUGAGGUCCUCAUAAUAGGUCAUUAUGAGAUCAAGCAAGGAACCCAGAUCGUACACAGUUGCUUCUUUUAUAUGCUGCAUCAGGGCAAAAGUGAUAACCGCAUCAGCCAGUCCAUGCUCGAAGGAAUUUUCCUGCAAUUCAGUUUUCAGAUUUUUCCAGUCUACCGCAGGCUUCUUUAUCGUCAAAUAUACCUAGGUUCCUACUUGGCGGCAUUGGUGAUCCACUGUUAACAGAUUCGCAGGCCUAUUAGGUGAAAGUUUCUUUUAUUCAGAUUUCAGAUAUCAGAUUCCCUCCAGAACUAAUGGACCGCUUGUACCAUUUGAGCUAUUUUCGUUCACUUUACGACUUUCAGCGCUACCGUCGCUCAGUGUAUACUAGAUAUGAGCUUCUUAAUUAAUCUAAAAAUACUAGUCAAUUCUCAAACACUCCCUUAAGACUUCAUCAUUCUUUUCGGUGGAUACCAGGAAGCUGACUAACAUUUUUGGACUUUUAAAAAUAUAUGACCAGUUUUCUGGACAAAACUCAGUGGCAGCACUUGGUAGCUGGCGUGACUGGGGGAGUUGUAUCCGUUUUUGUUUUGCAUCCAUUGGAUUUGGCCAAAAUCAGAUUGCAGGUGAAUGAAGGUACAGGUGUUAUCGCAUGCAGACCCAAAACAACGGGAACUAUUCGAACCUUGUAUGAGAUAGUUCAGUUAAGAGGUCUUCGUGGUCUUUACCUUGGUUUAGCUCCGAAUGCUAUUGGAGCGGGUAGUUCGUGGGGUUUGUAUUUUUUCUUCUAUGAAAGCUUGAAAAGAUUUGCCCAUCGUGGUGAUGAAACCAAAUCUCUCACUACCAAUCAAUAUCUCACAUAUGCUGCUUUGUCAGGUGUGAUUACACUUUCAAUUGUAAAUCCAAUUUGGGUGAUUAAAACUAGAUUGUGUUUACAGUAUGAAGAAGGAAUGAAAUCUGUUCCAAAAUCUCAAAUUACAAAUCCAUCAUUAGUAACACAUUCUCAAUCCACAUAUCAUGCUUUGUAUAAUCUAUGGAUUCAUGAAGGUUUUGCUGGAUUGUAUCGUGGUUAUGUACCCGGUUUAUUCGGUGUUAGUCAUGGUGCUAUCCAAUUUGUGUUUUAUGAACAUUUUAAAAAUUCUUAUAAUACACGUUAUCGAGGAAAGUCAGUUAGCGAGAAACUGUCCGCUAUCGAGUACCUAACAUUUUCAUCUGCUUCUAAACUAAUUGCAGCUGUCAUAACUUAUCCGUACCAAGUUGUUCGUUCAAGAAUGCAAGACCAGCAUAGGAAAUACAAUGGAGUUACUGAUGUUAUUCGACAAUUGUGGAGAGGUGAAGGUGUUCAUGGAUUUUAUAAAGGACUUGUUCCAUAUGUACUCCGAUGUACUCCUGCUUGUGGAAUUACAUUUCUUGUUUAUGAAUAUAGUUUAAUUAUAUUUGAUUGGUUCAAAUGACAAUAAUUAGCUUUCAAUGAUAUAUAUAUAGUUAAUUACACUUGACUUGUUUUACAUGUAGAUGUCUUUGAAUUAUAUUUUGUAGCAUUUAUAUGUAUUUUUAUCAGUGAUCAUAAUUAUUCUGAAUUGUACAUUGUCCUCAGUUCACUUCUAUCCCAUUUGUACAUUCUCUGUAUUCCAUAAUUCUUAUAAUAAAUUACUUAGUAGAGUUGA